GUGUGUGUGUGUGUAUCCUCUUGAUUAGUAGAUUUUCUGGGGGAUGAAUAUGGCUGCCGGCCAGGGUGCCGCUCCUGCCAUUUCCACCUCCAAAUCUUUUGAUGUCUUUCUAAGUUUUAGCGGUAAAGACGUUCGGGAUAAUUUGCUAAGUCAUCUUUAUUCUGCUUUACAUGAGCGAAAGAAAAUAGAAACCUUUAAAGAUGAUGUCGACAUUGUACGUGGAGAUAAAAUUAAAGAAAGUCUCGACAAAGCAAUACAGGAAUCAAAGUUUUUUGUAGUCAUUUUCUCAGAAAAUUAUGCUUCUUCGAGUUGGUGCUUGAAUGAACUCGUACAUAUGAUCCAAUCAUGCGCUUCAGACGACAUUGAGCGUCGCAUUUUACCUGUUUUUCACGGCGUAUCUGUAACCACUGUGCGGAAUCAAGAAGGUAUUUAUAAAACCAAAUUUUCUGAGCUUGAAAAACGUUUCAAGGAGAAGAUGAAGGAUGAAAUCCAAGAAGGUAAGUUGGAAGAAGCUUGGAUGAGGCAACAAAAGAAUUGGAAAGAGGCUUUGACUUCAGUUGCUGAUAUAGCUGGGUAUUCAACAAACACCAUCAGGGUUGAGUCUCAACUAGUUGACCGAAUUGUCAAAGAUGUUGAAAAGAAAAUGAAUGUUAAGUUGCUAAGUGAUGAGUUAAAGGGCUUGAUUGGGAUUGAUUCACGCAUCAAAGCAAUCCAAGGGUUAUUAAGCAAGUGUUACUCAGAUGUACGCAUCAUAGGCGUCUGGGGUGCUAGUGGUAUGGGUAAGACGGCUCUUGCUAAUGUGUUGUUCCACCAACUUUUUCCGCAAUUUAAAAACAGGUACUUCUUACAGAAUGUAAGGGAAGAAUUGAGAAAUCAAACAUGUUCUACUCUACGAAGAAUGCUUUUUGCCAGACUAUUCGAGGAAGAUGAUAGAAGUAUUGAAUUGUGGACAGAGACUCUCAAGCAAAGGGCUCUUAAAACAAAUGUCCUUAUUGUUCUUGAUGAUCUUAGUAGUUCAACACAAUUUGAUGACAUACUAUUAAGGAACUGUAUACAGUUUGGCAAGGAAAGUAUAAUUCUUGUAACAACUACAGAUUUGCAAGUGCUUAAGAGUAUUAAAGGUUGUGAGAAGUACAGGCUUAAGGGACUAAACAAAGAUGAAUCUCGUGAACUCUUUUGCUCGUAUGCUUUUCCCAAUGGCAUCUGCCCUCCCGGUUGGAAAAACCUGUCAGAAAAGGCGGUUAAAUUAGCUGGUGGUAGAGGGAAUCCGUUUGCUCUUAAAGUUUUGGGUUCCCAUCUUCGCUUCAAGAGCAAGGGAGAAUUGAAAAGGGACUUGCCUAACCUAAAAAUGACUUCCUUUCAAGAAGUUAAAGACAUUCUUAAAAAAGGUUAUGAUUACUUAGAUGAUGUGGGAAAAGAAAUAUUUCUUGAUAUUGCUUGUUUCUUCAAAGGCGAAGAAAGAGAUUAUGUUGAAAGCCUGCUAGAUGGUUGUCAUACCUUCUCGUCUCACGGAGGAAUAGAUGAUCUGAUUAAUAAGUCUCGCAUACAAAUUAAACAACACAACAGGCUUUGGAUGGAUGGUUUGACACAAGAAAUGGGUCAAGAAAUUGUCCGCGACAAAUCAAGGGAGGAUCUUGGGAGACGUUGUAGGUUAUGGGAUGCAGAGGAAAUAUGCGAAGUACUAGAGAAUAAUAGAGGAACAGAAGCAAUUGGAGGCAUAUUCCUAAAUGUGACUGAGAUUAAGGAUUCAUUACGCUUGCGUUCUGAUGUCUUCUCAAAGAUGACUGGCCUACGACUUCUGAAGAUUUAUAAUCCCCACUCCAUAAGAGAUUGCAAAGUAAUCGUUUCUCAAGAAGGUCUUGAAUCGCUUCCCGAGUCCCUUGUUUAUUUCCAUUGGCACGGAUGCCCUUUAAAAUGUUUGCCAUCAAAUUUUACUGCUAAGAAUCUUGUUGAACUUAGCAUACCCUAUAGCCAGGUUGAGGAUCUUUGGAAUGAAAACCAGAAUCUUGGAAAGUUAAAAAGGAUCGACCUUCGUUAUUCUGAGCACUUGAUUCGAGCUCCAGAUUUUUCAAGCGCUUCAAAUCUUGAGAGCAUAAAUCUUGAAUGUUGUAAAAGUUUGCUUGAAUUGCCUCUAGAUGAAAAGCUAGUCAAGCUUACUUCUUUGAAUCUUAAUGGUUGCUCGUCUCUUCAAAAUCUUUCAGUGCUUCCAUGGAAUAUAACAUGCUUACACAUAAAGAAUUGCACAAAGCUUCAGAGUAUUCCGACCAGCAUAUUCGACCUGAAGUCUCUUACUAAGCUUGAUCUCUUCGGCUGCUCAAAUUUGAAGAACUUCCCAGAAAUCUUAACGCCUAUGCCAUGUUUAAUAGAUCUUAUCCUAGAUCGAACGGCUAUUAACUUUCUACCACCAUCGAUUCGAAAGUUAAUUGCCCUUGAAACUUUAAGCCUGAAUUUUUGUGAAAACCUUGAGUUUCUCCCUGAAAGUAUUUCUUGUAUAUACUCUCUUCAAAAUCUUAGCCUUCGCUGCUGUCCAAACAUUAAAUAUUUACCGUCACUGCCACCAUCUCUAGCAAGCGUUGAUGCACGCGGCUGCACGGCACUGCAGAGAGUGUCCAGUUCAAAAGUGAAUACAAAAGGUUGGGAUUACAAACCUCAAAAUAUUGGGACAUUCAUAUUCUAUAAUUGCCUUAACCUUCAUCGUGACGCACAGAAGAACAUAAUGGCAGAUGCACUACUUAGAAUCAAACACAUCGCAAAUGUAACCUCAGAAUAUGAAGGAGAUCCAGAUAUGACUGAAAUUUGUUGGCCAGGAAAUGAAAUUCCAAAGUGGUUAAACCAUCAAUCAGAGGAGUCUUCAGUAAACGUAACACUUGCAUCCAAUCAUCUUGAAGACACCUUCCUCGGUUUUAUUUUCUGCAUUGUUGUCGAAUUUGAGCGCUGCAAUCUUGAUGAAGAUUUCAAAAUUCGUUGUGAAGCCCCAUGUGUAUCCCCUAAUGGAUUUGCAGCGACAUGGAGUCAUACUUGGACUUGGCAUUGGAAUGAUAGGAAUGAACGUGCCCGCGGAUGUGUAGACUCUCCUCAUGUGUUCCUAUUUUAUGACAACGGGCGCCAAAUACGGUCUAAUCUCGGAGCAGGAAAUGAUGCGAGUUCAUCCUCUUCAGCUUCUAAUGCCGAAAAUGUUCCAGUAAAAUUUGAAUUCCAACUUAGAGAUUGCAAAGGUCUUGAUCCUAGCAAUUGCCAUGUGAAGAGAUGCGGGAUCCGGCUUCUGUAUGCUGGGGAACCAAUGCAAAUGAUAGAGAACUCUGAAGAGAACAAUGAAAGAAAAUCAAAUUUCGGCUGCUUGCACCUUUGUUCACCAAUUUUAGAGUUUUGUGAGUCUUUUUGGCUAGCGAAAUAGGUAUGGUACUUCACUGUGGGAGUCUCAAAAGAAAAAUGGGAGAAAUUUAAACGACAGCUCGUAGGAAAUGGUCAGAACACAGAAUUCCCUGGAGAUGAUGUAACUUGGGGAGUUGAAGAAAAGGAUUAUCUGCAGCUCUUCUUGCGGUGUCGCGGUGGGAUCGUCGUAUUCAUAAUUUCAUACUUCUAAUUAGUGUACUAUAAUAUUUAUUUGUACGUUUAGAUUAUUGCUUUUUACUAAUUCCCAUAUUCCAAUUUUAAUUGUCGAAGACUAAGGGUGAGUCUCUAUCAAUUUCUUUCUUUUGCUCGUUCAGCCGGUGUUCUUGUAGUACGCGUCGGAGCUUUUGGAGUGUUUUGGAGAGCGAAGGAAUGUGGUGGUCCGUCAAGGCAAAGAGUUUUUUAGCACCCAAAAAAAAAAAAACAAAUGCUCUGCAGAGAGUUUGAUAUUAUUAAG